UUACUGCUUGUUCUUCUUUCAACAUUGAUAUGACGCGUCACUUUCAAAACCAAAGCGAGUGUUUAGUCUUACACACACAACACAAAGACAAAGGAAAUUCCACUAGGUGAGUGAAAAACCCCACUAAUCUCUCACACUCAAAAAGCUUCCUUAGCUUAGGGAUAUCAUGAAACAACAAAAACCAACUGAAUCAGAAUCACACACUAAUUCAGACCACCAGCAUAUAGAAGAUGAACAACAACAACAACAACAACAACAACAAGAACAAAACAACACAAAUCAAACAACUAACCAAAAUCCCAACAAAACCGUUUCUCUUUCUCCUUCUCCUCCGGAAAGCAAUCCCCCUUCACCACCACUCCAUUCCCCCUCCGACUCCUCAAUCUCCGACGAUCAUCGUUCUCUCCCUCCGUUAGUCACAGCUCACCGAUUCCAGGUUGAGCCAGCAGUUAUAACUAAGGUAGAUCCUGGAGCAGAAGAGGGUUUUGUUGGAGUCAAAGACGUUGAAAGAGAACCAGAAGGAGAACGAGCGGCUGCCGGAGGUGGUGAUAAACGGAGAGUAAGACCAGAUGUGUCCAGUUUGUUGAGGUCUGAAGAAGUUGCUAGUUUGAAUAAGGUUUUAUUGGGUCUUAGAAUUGGUGGUUUUGUUUUCUGUUUGGUUUCUUUUGCUGUUUUGGCUGCUGAUAGGAAAAAAGGUUGGGCUAUUGACUCUUUCUAUUUGUACAAGGAAUUCAGGUAUAGCUUAUCAGUGAAUGUGAUUGGGUUUGUAUAUUCGGCGCUGCAGAUAUGUGAUCUAGUGAAGUACUUGAUGACCAAAAAGCACAUAGUGGAGCACACGCUAAGAGGUUACUUCACUUUUGCGUUGGAUCAGAUCUUGACAUACCUUCUAAUGUCAGCAUCCUCAUCAGCUGCUACCAGAACCUAUGAUUGGGAGUCCAACUGGGGCCACGACAAGUUCCCGUUCAUGGCGAAUGCAUCCGUAGUUUUGUCCUUCAUUGCUUUUGCGGCAUUUGCCUUGGCCUCUUUGGUCUCAGGUUCAAUCCUUUGUAGGUUCAAAUAAUUGAUGUGAAUACUAAUUUGGAGUAUGCAAACUCUCAUGUGAUUAUUCUGGAUUGGAAUGUAUCCAAUGUUUUCAGAAAGAAUACUUUGUACAUAAAGGUAAAAGCUCACUAUAUUAUAAAGAUACUGAUGGGAUUGUUUACAA